AUGAGUGAUCCAAGUCUAAAAAAGCGAAAGAGGGCGAGCCUCGUAUGUGAUAAUUGUAAGAAGAAAAAAAUUAAAUGUGAUAAGGGCCAUCCAUGUUCACAGUGUAUCAAGGCAAAGAUAACGACUUCAUGUAUAUAUCAAAAUAAUGGGAUCUCAGAAGGUUCUCCGGAUAGUGGUUAUCUUCCUUAUAUUGAUAGUGCCAAAAAUCCGAUGACUUUUGCUGCAAAUGGUAGAAAUAUCAGCAAUGGCAAACAUACGAAUAAACAUAAAUUCAAUUCGCUGGAAGAGGUGACAAUACCCAAAGAGGAAUUAGAUGAUCUUAAGGGGCGUUUGCAACAAAUUGAGAGUUUAUUGAAGAGUCAGGCGCCACAAGCUCAGGUAAUACCAAAAUUCAAUGACAUCAAGUCGGCUGCUGAGGGAUCCGGAAUGGGUAAAGUCAAGAUUGAAGCAGUAUCACCAAUAGGUUCACCGGUGAAAUUAUCUCCGUACCCAGUGAAAAAUAGGAACACAUCAGUUCAAUUGCCCCCAAUUAAUUGGAAUUUGCCGGACAUAAAUUCUGUGAAGCCUUCGGGUCAAUGUGAUAUGCUGUUCGGAAACACCCCGAGUUCGGUUGAUUCCUUGAAUACUUCGUAUACUCAAAGUACUAGAUCAAGUACAUCAGAUCUUGAUUCACUUAGUGGUAUUAAUCCAUACGGAGAUGAGGACGAAACAAUCAAUUUUUAUGAAAAUUAUACGUCAAUUCAUGUUCAAGAACCCAUGAGACGUAUAAAUUUUGGGCCAUUUGCAUGGUCUUCCUUAAUGAAAAAGGACUCAGGAUUGAGGGUGUUGUGGGAUUAUGUGAUUGAGCAAAAGGAAAAGUCAAAUAGGGAAAAUAAUUUUAGUAUGAUGUUUUCCCAGUCAAAACAUGAGGUUACGCAAGAGAAUACGAAUGUUAUAACAUCGACGUUUGAGGGUGAUAAGUCUGAUAACCCAGAGGCUUAUUUUAAGAAGAGGGCUUUAGAGACUGAUGGAUAUGAUGAUAUGGUUCCUUAUACUAAUGUAUUGAAGGCGAGAACAGAGUUAUAUAACAAGAAGUCUAGAUUAAAUGAGAAUACAUUACCAUUAGGACUUACGUUUUAUGAAGGACAAACUGGUAAAGAAUUGAGACUUAGUGAUAGAAUCCAAUUACAUCUUAUUGACAAAAUUCAAAUAAUUCUACCAACUAGAAAAGUUAUAUGGAAACUUAUUGAUAGAUAUUUUACUUGGUUGUACCCAUUUAUACCAUUUAUAGAUGAAGAAUCUUUAAUUAAGGAUAUGACUAGAAUACUUGGGCCAAAAUCUUUCGAAGAUACGAAAAUUCUACAAAUUAAGGUUGAAAAGAGACUAGACUUAGCUUAUAUUGGAAUAUUAUUAGUGGUGUUGAGAUUAUCAUACUUAUCUUUGUUCUGUAAUAAAACUUCAGUGAAUGAGGAAAGAUUAAGAACUACAGAUCCAAGCCCUGAGGCUCAAGAUAUGAAAUUCUUGUUGUCAAACCCAAUCAAUAUCAAUACAAUUGAUGUUGCUCAGUUAUGUCUAGAUCAAUUUCAAUUAUUACGAAAGUCUAGCUUUCCAGUUUUGCAAUUGGGUUUGUAUAUUAGACUCUACCAUAUGUAUGCACCUGAAGAUGGUGAUGGUGCUGAUGGUGGCGACGCCCAGGUAUUGAAUGCCAUGUUGGUGCAAAUGGCCUACUCGCUUGGUUUAAAUAGAGAACCGGACAAUUUCCCUGAUGUUUGCAAUGACCCAAAAAUGAAUCAUUUAGGAAGAAAGAUCUGGCAUUCUCUAUGUUUUCUCGAUUCGUAUCUUGGGUUUUGUUUUGGAAAUCCAUUAUCGGUGGAUAGUAUGUUUUUCGAUACUAAAAUACCAUUUUUGAAAAAGGAAACGAGAAUACACUUGACCCUAAUAUGGAUAGGAAUGUGA